AUGAAAGAGAAGUCAUCCCAGAGUUUUCAACCGACGAGGGCGAACGCAGAUCAAUCAAGUCGGACGGAUGGCUACAGCCAGCCUCUUGUCAACAAUCAGAACCUUGGCGACAAUGUCGACAUCUUCCACGUGGACCCCUGGCUUCUUCAGGAGACUUUAGGAGACUCGCAUAUUGCUGUUGGCCUGAACAAGCCCAAGGUCAUAACUGGAACGGAAAACAGAGGAAGUGUUUCCAUACGGAAAGUUGUAGAGCGACGUAUUACUCCCGCCCAGCACUUAUACAUGAUCGAUUACCGAAAUCUCGAAACCUUCCACGGGUUCGUCUCAAGCCCUUCUGUGACCAGCAAGAUGUUUGGCCAAAGCACGAUGCACCCUUGCCACCGUUCGCCACUUCCACUCCCGCCACUCAGACCUUCCUUUCCUAUCGAAGCCACAACACCACGGUCAAUGCUCACAUCAAACGGCCACUUGAGCUUUGCCCCCACGAAUGGCUCUUUGUCCAUACCCUCACCGCUCAAUACCAUGGAAUACCUUGCCCUCCCAGGAACUGCUGGCUCUGCUGUAUCCCUCCCGCCUGCACCCUCUUCAAUCUGUAUCCCUAAUGAAGAAGACACGAUGUGGUCGAUGCGGCUCAUCGACGAGCUCGCUGCAGAGGAACAUAAGCCUGCCCGAGGCCCAGCUCUAUCGUAUGCUUGGAACGAAGGCCCCCUGCCACCGCUCGAACAAGCGCAAAAUAGACUUGGACUACCACUCUUCGUUGCUCAACCGGUCGAGCCCAGCGUACCCAAGGCGCCAAUCCCCGCCAAGGUACACAAGAAAAUCAUCUACGAUCAAGAAAUUGUUACGUGCGAAUGCGGCAAGGUAGGCAUGCGAGGCGUCAUUAGGCGCCACCAAAAGCGCAAGUGCCCGAACAAGAUACCAGUUGGUCCUCGAUGCCCAGAUUGUCAGAGGGUGUUCUCUAGCAAUGGUGCCCUGCGCCAGCACCGAGCAAACAUAGCUCGAUGUCUGAAGAAUGUGGCCCGCAUGACGCGAUGCGUCGCCGCCCCUAUGACUCCUGAUUCGACAUCUGCCCCCGGACUUGGUGCACUUGGCCCGUCCCAACAAAGAACGUCUCUUUCGGACGACGAAUUGCAAUACCCCGAUGAUGCUCAGUGCGCCUCCAUUCUCGACGCUGAAUUGCAAUAUCCCGAUGAUAGUGAAUGCGCUCUCGAUGCUGAACCACUCGUCAGUCAGCAAGGAACAUUCGAUGCGGGGUCAUCCGAUAUGGUUCUGUAG